UGACGGGUGGAGGAGACGCGUCCAAAAUGGCGGCUCCCAAGCGCCAGUAGCCGGCGCGGCGGGAGAGCUUUUCUCGGCUUUCAGCGCGGCGGCGGUGGCCCGGAGCGAGAGGCGGAGGCGGCGGCAAGCGGCGCCCGGGGUCGGCAGGCGGCGGGUGGCUGCAGGCGCCGCCAUCUUGUGCGUGCGGCGAGGAGGAGGAAGAGGAGGAGGAGGAGGAGGAAGAUCCGGGCACCGGGCGGCGCCAUCUUGGACCCCCCCUUCCCACAGCAGCGCGCCGCCAUCUUGUGACCCCUCCCCCGCGCACCCGGGCACCGGCUGCUCCGCCGCCUUGGAGCCCCUGCGGUAGCGGAGCCGCACCCGGACAGGCAGCGGGGCACCCAUGGCAGGCCUGGGCGGGGGGGGCUCCCCUCCCCGGGCCCCCCCGGGCCCCCCCUCGCUGCAGCCGCGCUGGAAGCGCGUGGUGGGCUGGGCUGGGCCCGUGCCCCGGCCCCGGCACGGCCACCGGGCCGUGGCCAUCAAGGAGCUCAUCGUGGUGUUCGGGGGGGGCAACGAGGGAAUCGUGGAUGAGCUGCACGUCUACAACACAGCCACCAACCAGUGGUUCAUCCCGGCCGUGCGCGGGGACAUCCCCCCGGGCUGCGCCGCCUACGGCUUCGUGUGCGACGGGACGCGGCUGCUCGUCUUCGGGGGCAUGGUGGAGUACGGCAAGUACAGCAACGACCUCUACGAGCUGCAGGCCUCCAGGUGGGAGUGGAAGCGGCUGAAGGCGAAGACCCCCAAGAAUGGGCCCCCCCCCUGCCCCCGGCUGGGCCACAGCUUCUCCCUGGUGGGCAACAAAUGUUACCUGUUCGGGGGGCUGGCCAACGACAGCGAGGACCCCAAGAACAACAUCCCCAGGUACCUGAACGACCUGUACGUGCUGGAGCUGCGGCCUGGCUCGGGGGUGCUGGCCUGGGACAUCCCCAUCACCUACGGGGUGCUGCCCCCGCCGCGGGAAUCGCACACGGCCGUGGUGUACACGGAGCGCGACGGGCGGCGCUCGCGCCUCGUCAUCUACGGGGGCAUGAGCGGCUGCAGGCUGGGGGAUCUGUGGACAUUGGACAUUGAGACGCUGACCUGGAACAAGCCCAGCCUGAGCGGGGUCGCUCCCCUCCCCCGCAGCCUCCACUCGGCCACGACCAUCGGCAACAAGAUGUACGUGUUUGGGGGCUGGGUGCCCCUGGUCAUGGACGACGUCAAGGUAGCGACGCAUGAGAAGGAGUGGAAGUGCACGAACACGCUGGCCUGCCUCAACCUGGACUCGAUGGCCUGGGAGCCCCUGGUGCUGGAGACGCUCGAGGACAACGUCCCGCGGGCGCGCGCCGGGCACUGCGCCGUGGCCAUCGCCACUCGCCUCUACAUCUGGAGCGGGCGCGACGGCUACCGCAAGGCCUGGAACAACCAGGUGUGCUGCAAGGACCUGUGGUACCUGGAGACAGAGCGCCCCCCGGCCCCGGGCCGCGUGCAGCUGGUCCGUGCCAACACCACGUCGCUGGAGGUGAGCUGGGGCGCGGUGCCCACGGCCGACUCGUACCUGCUGCAGCUGCAGAAGUACGAGCUGCCCGCCGCCCCCGCCCCUCCCCCGGUGCCCUCGGUGCCCGCCAACCCCCCCAAGAGCCCCGCGCCCGCCGCCCCCGCGCCCCCCCCGGCGCCCCCCGGGGCCCUGCCCCAGCUGGGGGGGGUGGGGCUCACCCUGCUGUCCCCCGGCCCCGCCGCCCCCCAGAACCCGCCCGGGGCGGCGGCGGCGGCGGCGGGGGUGACACCGGGGGGCACGGCGGGGGUGCUGCCGGCCACGGCGGGGGGGGCAACGGCGGCGGCGGCGACCGGAGCGGGAACGGCGGGGAGGGCGCCCGGUGUCCCUGCUGUCCUGAAGGUCACCGGUCCCCCUGCGGCCACCGCGGGUCCCCCGCUGGUCACCGUGCGCUCGGCCGGGCCCGGCAAGGCCCCGGUGACGGUGACAUCGCUGCCGGCCGGGGUCAGGAUGGUGGUGCCCACGCAGAGCCCCCAGGGCACGGUGAUCGGCAGCAGUCCCCAGAUGAGCGGCAUGGCCGCCCUGGCCGCAGCGGCCGCCGCCACCCAGAAGAUCCCGCCGGCCUCGGCCCCCACCGUGCUCAGCGUCCCCGCCGGUGCCACCAUCGUCAAGACGGUGGCCGUGACCCCCGGGGCCACCACCCUGCCCGCCACCGUCAAGGUGGCAUCGUCACCUGUCAUGGUGAGCAACCCCGCCACGCGGAUGCUGAAGACGGCGGCGGCCCAGGUGGGCACGGCGGGGACGUCCCCCGCGGCCACCAACGCGGCCACCAGGCCGAUCAUCACGGUGCACAAGUCCGGCACGGUGACGGUGGCGCAGCAGGCCCAGGUGGUCACCACGGUGGUCGGAGGGGUCACCAAAACCAUCACCCUGGUCAAGAGCCCCAUCUCCGUGCCGGGGGGCAGCGCCCUGAUUUCCAACCUGGGCAAGGUGAUGUCGGUGGUGCAGACGAAGCCGGUGCAGAGCUCGGCCGUGACCGGGCAGGCAUCGAGCGGCCCUGUCACCCAGAUCAUCCAGACCAAGGGCCCCCUGCCCGCCGGGACCAUCCUGAAGCUGGUGACGUCGGGGGAGGGGAAGCCCACCACCAUCCUGACCAGCACGCAGGCGGGGGCGGGGGCUGCCAAGCCCCCCACCAUCCUGGGCAUCAGCAGCGUGUCCCCCAGCACCACCAAGGCCGGGACCACCACCAUCAUCAAAACCAUCCCCAUGUCGGCCAUCAUCACCCAGUCGGGGGCUACGGGUGUCACCAGCAGCCCCGGGAUCAAGUCCCCCAUCACCAUCAUCACCACCAAGGUGAUGACCUCGGGCACCGGCACCCCCGCCAAGAUCAUCACGGCUGUCCCCAAGCUGGGCGGGGGACACGGCCAGCAGGGCGUCACCCAGGUGGUGCUGAAGGGCGCCCCAGGACAGCCGGGGACCAUCCUGCGGACGGUGCCCAUGGGCGGGGUCCGGCUGGUCACUCCUGUCACCGUCUCGGCCGUCAAACCCACGGUGACCACGCUGGUGGUCAAGGGCACCACUGGUGUGACCACGCUGGGGACGGUGACAGGGACAGUGUCCACCAGCCUGGCCGGGGGCGCCGGUGGCCACAGCGCCACGGCCUCGCUGGCCACGCCCAUCACCACCCUGGGGACAAUCGCCACCCUGUCCAGCCAGGUCCUGAACCCUGCGGCCAUCACGGCCACCGCGGCCGGGGGCGGCCUGGGGACACCCACCAUCACCAUGCAGCCGGUGUCCCAGCCCACGCAGGUCACCCUGAUCACCACGCCCAGCGGGGUGGAGGCCCAGCCCGUCCACGACCUCCCCGUGUCCAUCCUGGCGUCCCCAACGGCCGAGGGUCCCCCCGCGGCCACCUCGGCCGGUGUCACCCUGAGCGAGGCCACCCCGGCCGAGGCCACCGCGGGGACCGUCACCCUGGUGUGCUCCAACCCCCCCUGCGAGACCCACGAGACGGGGACAACCAACACGGCCACCACCAGCCUGGUGGCCACCGUGGGGACAGGAGGGGGACAGCAGCAGCUGCAGCUGCUCUGCGAGGACACGGGCGGGGGGACAGCGCUGCCACCGCCCCCCCGGGCCUGCUCCAACCCCCCCUGCGAGACCCACGACACCGGGACCACCAACACGGCCACCACGGCUGCGGGGACGGCGCGCUUGGGGACACCGGGGGGGCCGCCCUGUCCCACGCAGCAGACGGUGGCCACGGGGACCACGAUGACGGCGCGGCUGUGCCCGCCCCCCGCCGCCGUCCCCGAGGGUGGUGGCACUGCUGGUGGCACGUGCCAAACGCAGGAGGUCACCUCCCCCCCGUGCCAAACGCCCUGGGGGCAGCCUGAGGUGGGGACGGCCACCAACGUGGUCACUGCGGCCACCACCGGGAGCUGUGAGACGCCCGUGGGGACGCGGCUGUGCUCGAACCCGCCCUGUGAGACCCACGAGACGGGGACAACCAACACGGUGACAGUGACAGGGUCACAGCUGUGCUCCAACCCGCCCUGUGAGACCCAUGAGACGGGGACAACCAACACGGUGACAGUGACAGGGUCACAGCUGUGCUCGAAUCCGCCCUGUGAGACCCACGAGACGGGGACAACCAACACGGUGACAGUGACAGGGUCACAGUUCUGCUCGAAUCCGCCCUGUGAGACCCACGAGACGGGGACAACCAACACGGUGACAGUGACAGGGUCACAGCUGUGCUCCAACCCUCCAUGUGAGACCCACGAGACGGGGACAACCAACACGGUGACAGUGACAGGGUCACAGUUCUGCUCUAACCCUCCAUGUGAGACCCACGAGACGGGGACAACCAACACGGUGACAGUGACAGGGUCACAGUUCUGCUCCAACCCGCCCUGUGAGACCCAUGAAACGGGGACAACCAACACGGUGACAAUGACAGCAGCGAGGCCACCCUGCUCUAACCCUCCGUGUGAGACCCACGAGACAGGGACAACCAACACGGUGACAACAACAGCGCCAAGGCCACCCUGCUCCAACCCUCCAUGUGAGACCCACGAGACGGGGACAACCAACACGGUGACAACGACGGGGACACGAUUCUGCUCCAACCCCCCCUGUGAGACCCACGAAACGGGGACAACCAACACGGCCACCACCACCACGGCCACCUCAGAGUCGGGGACGUCGGUGCCACCACCUCGAGGUGUCCCCCCCUGCUCCAACCCCCCCUGCGAGACCCACGAGACGGGGACGACCAACACGGUGACAAUGACAUCGUCACAGCUGUGCUCCAACCCCCCCUGCGAGACCCACGAGACGGGGACAACCAACACGGCCACCACGGCCACCGCGGGGUCCCGGCAGGGUGACACCACCACGGCCACCAGCGCUGCCACCACCUCUGCUGCCACCACCACCACCACGGGGGGGUCCCCGCCUUGUGCCACCCCCCCCUGCGAGCCCGAGCCCGGGGCCACCAGCACAGCCACCACCACCGCGGGGUCCCCACCCUGCCAGGGCCACCAGAGCGGUGCCACCAGCAGCGAGGGGGUGACACCGCCCCCGCCCUGUGCCACCAGCGCCACCAGCCCCCCCCGAGCCUGCUCCAACCCCCCCUGUGAGACCCACGAGACGGGGACAACAGCCACGGCCACCACGGUCACCGCCAGCAUGGGUGCCAGCCAAGAGCCCCCCCCGCCGGCUGCCAACGGGCAGGGGGAGGGGGAGGCGCCCCCCGCUGAGGGUGGGGGUCCCCCUGUGCCCCCCGGGACCCCCAGCCCCGGCCCCAGCGGCGCCGGGACCCCCCAGCCCCGCGCGGUCACCACGGUCACUCAGUCCACGCCAGCGCCGGGGCCGGCCGUGCCGACCAUCUCCUCGCUGACCGAAUCCCCCCCAGCCCCCCCAGAGACCCCUCCCAGCACCGCUCCCACCCCCCCUGGAGACCCCCACCCACCCCCAGCCCCCUCCCCAGCCCCAGCCCCGGCCCCCUCCCCUCCCGGCCCCGAGGCGGCCGCGGCCGAGCCCGGGGGGGGCUCCCCGGAGCCGCUGGCCGUGGUGGUGCUGCCCCCGCCCGGGGGGGAUGGGGGGGGUCCCGAGGGGCUGGCGCUGCCCCCCGAGCUGCUGGCCGAGGCUGGGGGCGCGGGGGGACCCCCGGGACUGACCCCCGAGGAGCUGGCGGUCACCGCGGCAGCCGAGGCGGCGGCGGCGGCUGCGGCCAGCGAGGAGGCGCAGGCCCAGGCUCUGGCCAUCCAGGCCGUGCUGCAGGCGGCCCAGCAGGCCGUCAUGGGCACCUCGGAGCCCCUGGAGCCCGGCGAGCCCGGGGGGGGCCCCCCGGAGCUGGGGGCGGCCCUGGGGGUCUCGGAGGGGGCGGGGGGCGCGGGGGGGGCUCUGCCCCUGGUGCUGACCCAGCAGGAACUGGCGGCGCUGGUUCAGCACCAGCAGCACCUGGCCGAGACCGGCACCGCCCCCCCCGCCACCCCAGCGCCGCCCCCCCCCCAAGCGGCCGCGCCCCCUCCCCAUUUACCCACCGAGGCUCUGGCCCCGGCCGACAGCCUCAACGACCCCGCGGGGGACAGCAACGGGCUGGGGGAGCUGGGGGGAGCCCCCCCGGCUGGGCUGCUGAUCCCCCCCGGGGACGGCCUGGCCCCCUCCAGCGCCUUCGUGGCCCCCCCCGGCCCCGCGGUCGCCCCCAGCCCCGCCAAGCUGCAGGCGGCCGCGGCUCUGGCCGAGGUGGCCAACGGCAUCGAGAGCACCCCCGUGAAGCCGGAGCCGGGGGCGCCGCCCAAGGCGCUGCCCAAGAAGGAAAAUCAAUGGUUCGAUGUCGGGGUCAUCAAGGGCACCACCAUGAUGGUCACUCACUACUUCCUGCCCCCUGAGGACGGGCCUGUCCCCGAUGAUGACCCCUCGGGGGUCCCGGACCACUCUCAGCUGCGGCGCCAGGAGCUGCAGCCGGGCACGGCGUACAAGUUCCGCGUGGCCGGGCUCAACGCCUGCGGCCGCGGGCCCUUCUCGGAGCUGUCGGCCUUCAAAACCUGCCUGCCCGGCUUCCCCGGGGCGCCCUGCGCCAUCAAGAUCAGCAAGAGCCCGGACGGGGCGCACCUGACGUGGGAGCCGCCGUCGGUGACGUCCGGCCGCAUCGCCGAGUACUCGGUGUACUUGGCCAUCCAGGGGGGGCCCGGGGGGGGCCCCGAGGCCCGCGGGGGGGGGGCCCAGCUGGCCUUCAUGAGGGUCUAUUGUGGGCCCAGCCCCUCGUGCCUGGUGCCGGCCUCCAGCCUGGCCAGCGCCCACAUCGACCACACCACCAAGCCGGCCAUCAUCUUCCGCAUCGCCGCGCGCAACGACAAGGGCUACGGCCCCGCCACGCAGGUGCGGUGGCUGCAAGAGUCGAGCAAGGACGGAGCCGCCGGGAAACCGGGCAGCAAACGGCCCCUGGCGUCCCCCGACCUGAAAUCCGCUCCAAAGAAGCCCAAGGCCGAAGGGCAGUGAAGGACCCCCGGGACCCCCCCCCAAAAA